CUUAAAAAAGUAAGUGUUUCAUACACCGUUAUCACUUUCAUUUGUUUAGUGGUAAGGUAGUUGCGUUAAUAUAUCCUGAAAGCACAAAGCGAUUUAUAACUGCAACGAAAUGGCAGACUCACAAGAGAUACCAGUUAAUGUGCCAAGUAUAGCUGAAUUCUUCAGUGGCAAGUCAGUGGCAAUCACAGGUGCAACUGGGUUUAUUGGAACAUGCUUGGUAGAAAAGAUCCUACGCUGUUGUCCGGGUGUUUUAAAAAUCUUUGUCUUCAUAAGGGAAAAGAAAGACAAAAGCGCAACAGAACGACUUGCCCAUCUUACCCAGUUGCAGGUAUUCGACACAGUGCGCACGCAACAACCCGAUUUUCAAUUGAAACUUGUUGCUGUGCCGUGUGAUCUUGAAAAGGAAGGUUUUGACCUCAGUGAGGAAUCACAAACUCAAAUCCAAAACGAAGUGAACAUUUUCAUUCAUUCAGCAGCGACACUUCGUUUUAAUGAACACAUAAGGCUCUCCUACCAGAUCAACACACUUGGAGUACGUACGAUGCUUAAGUUAUGCCGUACAAUCAAAAAUCUGGUGUCGAUCGUUCAUAUUUCUACAGCUUAUUCAUUCUGUGACCGCAAGGACAUUGGAGAAGAAGUUUACAAGACAGGUUGGAACUUCAACAAACUCCACGAUACAAUGCAGUGGAUGAAUGAUGAUAUGUUGACCAAGCUAACUCCAGACAUCUUGCGCGAUCGACCCAACACCUACACACUAACUAAAGCAUUUGGAGAGGAGGUGAUAGUUAAAGAAGGUGAAGGCCUCCCUGUUUGUAUAGUUCGCCCAAGUAUUGUUGGCGCAACUUAUUCUGAUCCGGUCGCUGGCUGGUGUUCAAAUUUCAACGGAGCCACUGGUCUGUUUAUUGCAUACGGCAAAGGCCUCAUGCGUUCACUGUAUGUGAAGAGAGACAUAUGCAUGGACAUCAUACCUGCAGAUCUUGUGGUGAAUGGAACAAUAGCUGCUGCAUGGAGAAAUGCUGUAUGUCAUAACCCUGUCAGUGCAAAUUCUGUUCUUUCCACCUCUCCACUCAUAGAUCGGCGAUCAAAUUCAACAUUUUCAUCUGCUAGCGAUCUUUCGGAGCUUCGGACACUAGGAAGAGAAAGAGAGGAAGAAUCACCGGAAAUUGAGCUUCGCAGAAAAACUCUUCCUAUUUACAACCUGGUUGCAAGCAGCUCAAAUCCAGUUCUUAUGAGAGAGUGGAAUGAUAUUAUGACUUCAUCAUACACCAACUAUCCACUUGACGCUUUGAUGUCGCCAGAUUUGAAAGUUGCGUCAAACAAAUUGAUGUUCAGAGUUUUUCUUUUUUUCAAGCAAUAUAUUCCUGCAUAUAUAUUUGAUGCUGGGCUUAUCCUUAUUGGGAAAAAACCUCAACUUUUACGUUGGACACAGCGUGUAAGUGGCACGAUUGGUGUGCUUCAGUUUUUCCUCACCAGCCAGUGGAACUGGAGUAACAACAGUAUACAGAAACUUCAGCGUGAGAUGAAUGAACAGGACAGAAAGCAAUUUAAUAUGGAUGCAGCAGUGGUUGACUGGGAGCAGUAUAUGAACAAUUAUGCAAAAGGAACAAAGAAAUUUAUUCUUAAAGAAGAUCCAAUGAAUUAUCCAGCUGCCCGUCGCCAUGUACAAAGGUUGCGUAUUUUGGGCUACUGUUCACAGUUGCUUGUGUUUAUGGUUGUAUGGCGUCUUCUUGUGCCUCGCAGCGGCAUUGCAAAGAAUCUGUGGCAUCUCUUCAUGUCUCUUUGGUUUAAGUUCCUUGGUUUUUUCCAGAUCUCCAGUACCCUGCAUCGAUCAAAUUUUUUUUCCCGUAUUCUGUCUAGUUCUUAAUUGUUUUAUUUAUUUGGUCUACAAAUUUCAUUCAUUUUCAUAAAAUAGAAUUAAACCAACGGCACUUUGAAUUAAUUUGUUUCUAUAUGUCAAUAAACUAUUUCCAUUCCAUAAGCAGUAAAAAUGGAACAUCUCAAAAUGGUCAUAGUCGGAUACAGCAACCUUUUUAGCUGAAUUACAGCACAUUUGAAAUAAAUUUCAUCUAUUAAUUUUUUCUGUCCAAAAACAAAAAUCUAAGAAUCACGUAAUAUAUAUCUCUAUCGAUUCUUUUAAUUACAUAAUUGUUAAAUUUAGCAUUCUAACAGAAUUGUAUACUAUAUAUUACGUACUGUUCUAUCAUAAAAUGCUGAACAGUAUCCUUUGGUACUAUACAGACGUAUAAUGUGUGUACUGUUUAUAGAGUAAUAGGUAAAUAUAUGUGGUAGUUGCCUUGGUGUUGCAAACGUUUCAUACAUGCUACAGAAAAUUCUGUUAAGCUUUGUAAACUAACAAAAUAAGAAUUUUAUCGUCUUUGCUUAUAUAUUCUGUGUUUACCACACAACUUAUGCUGUCCGGUGAAAAUACUUUCUAUAUUAAUAUAACGACUGUACUAAUUAUUAUUCGCGAAAGUCAGUGGUUGUUCUUUACGGCGAAAGACUUUGGUCUUAAUGACCUAUAUUUCCACGUUCAUUCCGUUGGCUGUUGUUUUAAGUCUAUUUGAAUAAUUUGUGCUUGCUGCAAAAACCGUUUUCCUAUACCGUUUGCGUAAUGCGUAUUUCUAAAUAGUUCGUGAGAAUACCGUACCGCAUAUAACAUUUAAUUUCUUUUACUAUGACGUUGACCGAAUUCAUAAUUAUCCAUUCAAUCAUCACAAUUUUCUGUUCGUUUAUUUCGUCUUAAAUAAUCCAAAUUUUAAAUUUAAUAUUUUUAACUGGUCUGUGACUGUGCGCUGCUGGGAUUUGUUCCCCGAAAAAAAGCGGUGAGUACAUUAAAUAGUAAUAUUUUUUAUGCAAAAGCCAUUCAAGUCUUGUUUAUAACAUUACUUAUUUUGAAAUCCCGGUUGUGGUAGCGUUCGAUCUUCUUUCUAAUUUCAUUUGAAAAUGUACAUUCGUGCUGUAUUGUACAUAGGUUGAACUUGCGAACAUUUUUGUUACACGGUUAAUUUGCACAAUUUAAAAUGCUUGCAAGUUCCAUUUGAAUUCAAAACUAGUGAAUUUGGUUUCGAAAUAGAAAAUAUAAUGAUGUAUAAAA